CGACCUCUCUCUUCUCUUGAGAUCCGCCGACCCCGUAAACAAAACCUCUCUCUCUCUUUUCUUCUCCUGUUAAUCUAGGGAGAUAAGAGAGAAUAAAUUAAUCUCCGUUUUUUUUUUCGUUCUUUUGUAGAUCCAAUAAGGCUCCGACUCCGAUUGUAUUCUGAAUAAUCCAGAUCUUCGUUGAGAUGGCGUCAUCAGCAACUGGAGCCAAAGCAGUGUAUAGAGGGAGAGUGAAAGCUGUUCCUUCAGGGGACAGCUUGUUGAUAAUGUCCUUGGUCACCAACAAGUCUGGUCCCCCGCUGGAAAAGACUGUAACUUUGUCGUCGCUUAUUGCUCCAAGAUUGGCUCGUAGAGGAGGACUUGAUGAGCCAUUCGCUUGGGACAGCAGGGAGUUUUUAAGGAACCUCUGCAUUGGGAAGGAGGUGACUUUCAAGGUGGACUAUACUGUUCCCUCCAUCGGCAGAGAAUUUGGCACUGUAUUCCUUGGUGACAAAAACAUUGCAAUGCUGGUUGUUGAGAAAGGCUGGGCAAAGGUCAGGGAACAGAGUCAGCAAAGUCAGCAGAAGGGGGAAGCCAGUCCUUACCAUGCAGAGUUGCUUGUCCUUGAAGAGCAGGCUAAACAACAAGGUCUUGGUCGUUGGAGCAAGGUAUCCGGUGCAGCCGAGGCAUCUAUCAGAAACCUUCCUCCAUCUGCUAUUGGUGAUCCUAGCAACUUGGAUGCUAUGGGCUUACUGGCUGCAAAUAAAGGUCGUUCCAUGCAAGGUAUUGUUGAGCAAGUUCGUGAUGGCAGUACCGUCCGGGUCUAUCUGCUUCCAGAAUUUCAGUUUGUCCAGGUGUUCAUUGCUGGAAUCCAGUCCCCAUCAAUGGGUAGAAGGCCUGCAGCAGAAAGUGUCGUCGAAACAGAUGUUACCUCUGAUGAACAAAAUGGAGAUGUUUCUGCCGAAUCACGUGCCCCGUUAACAUCUGCACAGAGACUUGCAGCUUCUACAUCAUCUGUUGAGAUUGCUCCAGAUCCAUUUGGUCUGGAAGCCAAACACUUUACAGAAUUCCGUGUUCUUAAUAGGGAGGUCCGUAUCGUCCUGGAAGGUGUCGACAAAUUCAGUAACUUGAUUGGUUCAGUAUAUUAUCCUGAUGGGGAAUCAGCAAAAGACCUAGCAUUGGAGCUUGUGGAAAAUGGCCUGGCUAAGUACGUUGAAUGGAGUGCAAAUAUGAUGGAAGAUGAUGCCAAAAGGAGGCUGAAGUCUGCGGAGCUUCAAGCCAAGAAAAACCGAUUGAGGAUCUGGACGAACUAUGUACCACCAGCCACAAAUUCUAAGGCAAUUCAUGAUCAAAAUUUUACAGGAAAGGUGGUGGAGGUUGUAAGUGGGGACUGUAUCAUUGUUGCUGAUGAUUCCAUUCCAUAUGGCAGUCCAUUGGCAGAGCGGCGAGUUAAUCUUUCAAGUAUUAGGUGUCCAAAAAUUGGCAAUCCACGUAGAGAGGAGAAGCCAGCACCCUAUGCUCGUGAAGCAAGGGAGUUCUUGAGGACACGUCUUAUUGGCCGACAAGUGAAUGUUCAAAUGGAGUAUUCCAGGAAGGUUGGUAUGGUAGAUGGACCCACAUCUGGUGCUGCUGAUUCAAGAGUAUUUGAUUUUGGAUCAGUUUUCCUCCAGUCUCCUGUUAAGGGUGAUGGUGAAGAUGCAACUUCAUCUGUUUCUUCAACUGCUGGCAGUCAGCCUGCUGGGGUGAAUGUUGGCGAGCUUGUGGUUGCUCGUGGCUUUGGCACUGUUAUUAGACAUCGUGAUUUUGAGGAACGAUCAAACUAUUAUGAUGCUCUUCUUGCUGCUGAAUCACGGGCCAUUGCUGGGAAGAAAGGAAUCCAUUCUGCCAGGGACCCCCCAGUCAUGCACAUAACAGAUUUGACCAUGGCAUCAGUUAAGAAAUCUAGGGAUUUCCUGCCAUUCCUGCAGCGGAGUAGGAAAAUUCCUGCUGUUGUGGAAUAUGUGCUCAGUGGACAUCGUUUUAAGCUUUUGAUUCCUAAGGAAACAUGUAGUAUUGCCUUUUCGUUCUCUGGUGUCAGAUGUCCGGGCCGUGAUGAGCCGUAUUCUGAUGAAGCGAUUGCUUUAAUGAGACGAAAGAUUAUGCAAAGAGAUGUUGAGAUUGAAGUGGAAACCGUUGAUAGAACUGGAACUUUCUUGGGAUCUCUAUGGGAGUCAAAGACCAAUGUGGCAGUGGCACUCCUUGAAGCUGGUCUUGCCAAAUUCCAGACUUCCUUUGGUACUGACAGGAUCCCUGAUGCUCAUCUUCUUGAGAAGGCUGAGCAAUCUGCCAAAAGGCUGAAGCUGAAGGUUUGGGAGAAUUAUGUUGAAGGAGAGGAAGUUUCCAAUGGGGCUCCUGUAGAAAGCAAGCAGAAAGAAGUGCUAAAGGUAGUUGUAACAGAAGUCUUAGGUGGCGGUAAAUUUUAUGUCCAGACAGUUGGUGACCAGAAAGUGGCUUCAAUUCAGCAACAGCUUGCAUCUUUGGAUCUGCAAGAACCUCCUGUAAUUGGUGCUUUUAAUCCUAAGAAGGGUGACAUUGUUCUUGCUCAGUUUAGUGUAGAUAAUUCCUGGAAUAGAGCAAUGAUUGUAAAUGUACCCCGAGGAGUUGUUGAAUCCUCAAAAGACAAGUUUGAAGUGUUCUAUAUCGACUAUGGGAAUCAAGAGUGCGUCCAGUAUAGCCAGUUACGCCCUCUUGUUCCUUCAGUAUCCUCAUCACCAGGCCUUGCUCAGUUAUGCAGCCUUGCGUACAUCAAGGUUCCAAGCUUGGAGGAAGACUUUGGUCAUGAAGCAGCUGAAUAUUUUAGUGCUCGCACACUAGAAAGUGGAAAGGAGUUUCGGGCAAAAGUUGAAGAAAGGGAUACUUCAGGAGGAAAAGUCAAAGGACAGGGAACUGGGACAGUUCUUGUUGUUACGCUCGUAGAUGUUGAUGCCGAGAUUAGUGUAAAUGCUGCCAUGCUGCAGGAAGGACUUUCUAGGAUUGAGAAAAAGAAGAGGUGGGACUCGAAGGACAGACAAGUCGCCCUUGAUAAUUUGGAGAAGUUUCAAGAUGAGGCGCGGACUGAUAGACGAGGCAUGUGGCAAUAUGGGGAUAUCCAGUCAGAUGAUGAGGAUGUGGCUCCCCCAGUUAGAAAGCCUGGUGGUCGCCGAUGAAUGUAACCUUAAAUCACACCAGAGGUAAACUUAUGGUAGGAACAACUCAAGCAACUUAAAAUGAGUUAAAUUAUAGGCGUGAUUACCCUUUUUGGAGUGAGAACAGAGUAAUUUGCAGCAUUAACUUCUGGAAGUUUUUAGUAGCCAAUUUCUUUUUUGGGUUUUUGUAGGCGAGUGGACAAAUUUUGUUUUCAUUUUAUCUCUUUUAUAGAUUUCGUAAUAAGGUAAACUCUCCCAGUCUUUCCUGUCUUUAUGCGAAACAUAUAAACAAAAUUCCAAGCUUAUAGCUGCAUACUCGAUCAUUAUGCCUGGUUAUUUAUUUAUUUAUUUUUGUACCUGUAUCAGUUCUUUCUUUGGCUAAACCGUGAAAGGAUCUUUUGGCAACUGGCCUUGCUCAUUGCAACCUUAGCUCGAACUUGACCAAGUUCUGAGUUUAUAUUUAGACUUGUUUGAAUUGAAA